UGUCGACCUUGACCAGCCGACCUACUUAGCGCAAUAGUUGACUAGCUAACGUGUUGACAUCGAGGUGGGUUCCCAUUUGAAGUAUAUCAGGUGUCGGAAACGAAGAUUGCAAUGAGAAGUCCUUAUUAAGUAGAACUAACCCUUAUAGUGAAGGUCGAGUCACGACCAGUAAAACCUGGGGUAUUAAACUCUGUAUCAGUAAAUAUCCAUAAACUGUUUGCAUGUAACGGGGAUCAAAAAGAACGGAGAAUCUUACGAUUAAGUUCAUACUCAGUCAACGAUUUCUUCAUCAAUACUGAGUUGUUUGUCUUGCCGUCACACACCAUUGUAUAUUUCAAUGAUGGAAAUUGAGAUUAACAGUGAUCUGAAUGGCGAUCAGAACCGUCCAGAACGUACUUAUGAGGAACAAAUACAAUGUGUAGGUGUGUUCGCCCAGCCUAUGGCUUCAAAAAAAUUAACAAAGCGUUUGUAUAAACUCGCUCGAAAAGCUAAACGCGUAAAGAAAACAGAUGUCGGAAUCAAAGCAAUCUUAAAAGCCAUUGAAAAGAAAGGUGUAUCUGGUAUCGUUGUAUUAGCUGGUGAUAUUAGCCCGUUUGAUCUGAUAUCCCAUGUGCCAUUGGUGUGUGAGGAGCACGACAUACCUUACUGCUAUGUUCCGUCAAAGUUUGACCUCGGUGCAUGUGUAUCUUCAGUUACCCCUAUACCUAUCGUUUUCAUAACACGGGAUGAACAGUAUGGUGAUUUGUAUGACAAGUGUUACACUGCUGUUGACGCCUUACCUCUUCCUUUAUAAAAUCCCUGUAAUCAAAAAGCAGAAUUUUUUCAAUAAAAAUAUUAUUGCA